AUGACGGAGUCUCGGUUGCGAGCUCUUGUGCUGUGUCUUCUUUUUUUUGUUUUCCUUCUCGCAAUUGACCUAAGUGCGGCGGAAGUCUCGGAGGAUGCUGGGGCUGCCUCCGUGUCGCAGGCUACGGUGGAUGGAGGAGAUGAUGCCGAAGGCGCCACCGACGACGCGGACGAAGGCGACGAGGACGACGCAGACGCAGGCGACGAGGACGACGCAGAUGAAGGCGACGAGGACGAUUUCGACUUUUCAUCUCUUCUCGGCUCCCUCGGAGGAGCAGGGGGUCUGGGCGGAGCUGGAGGUUUGGGUGACGCUGCUGGGCUUCUUUCGGGCAUGAGUGGUCUGGAGGGACUCUCCGGCCUCAUAAAUAGCUUCAAGAAUCCCGACGAAGAAGAUGGCACACCGUCGGGCGUGAACGGCUCGGAUAGUCUUUCUGGAAUCCUUGAAGGCUUGAAAAAUGCUUCAGGCCACGCAGGCGCGAACGGGGCACUCGGAAGUCUAGCGAAUUUGCUUCCUGGUCUCGGCUCGAUAGGCAAGACUGGCAGCGACGAAACUGACGACCUCGCGGAACUGUUCAGGCGGGCUGCCAGCCAGCAGAGCUCGCGUAGUAACCAAGUGUCUGCAGACUUUUUGCAACAAAUGCUUUCCAUGAUUUCCAAGAAUAAUACGGGCCUCAACGGCCUCAUGGAUGAGUUCAUGCAAGACCCGUACAUGGAAACAAAAGAGAUUGAAAGACCGAAGAUUGAUCCGCAGAUCUUCGUGAACCCCCCCAGGCAAGCUCCUGCAGAGGCGAACAACGAGGAAGAGCCUGAACGCAGCGAAGCAUCUGAUGCCGCAGGUGCCGAAGCGCCGCCGACACGAACGGAAGGCCCCGAAGAGAUCAUCCUGUCCAAAGUAAAGGACCUCGUGAAAAAACGCGAAACCCAAGAUGCCGCCACUCGCUCGGAAGAGGAUGCACCUUCCGUAGACCCGUUCUCCGGCAAGUAUCAAGACACCGGCGUCUGUCACGUCCUGGUCCUCUCGGGCGGCGGCGCGAAGGCUGCCUUCCAUGCAGGCGCCAUUGUCGGGUUGGCAGAGCAGUACAAGGCACACAGUCUCGAGCUCAAAUGGGAUGUGCUGGCUGGCGUGGGCAUGGGAGGCGUGCAUGCUGUGUUUGGCCUGCCAUUCAAACCAGGCCAAAACGGCGAGCUGGAUUUUGGCCGCAGCCUUUGGGGAUUUUGGCAAAACUUGAAGGAGGAUGACGUCAUGAAGUGUGAGAACGGCAUGAAGGAUUUGAUGGAUAUUCGUGCGACUAUGAAAUGGAUCGAGCAGGUUCACAAGUACUCAAAGAACGUGAAGAAGAUGCUGAAUCUCCCUCCUCCACACCCCUGUGAUACCUCGCGGUUCCUGGCGACCCUCAAGUCCCAGCUGUCCAGUUUGACGGAGAACCAACGGAACGCAACUUCUGCCGAUGCCACGAACCGAGGACAGCGAAGCGCCGUUGUAACCGCCGCGAAGCUCGGGGGUGGCGAGCGGACGUGGACCUUGCUUCCUUCUCAGUGGGUUACCAACGAAUGCAAAACCCAAGAUGAUGGCGUCGAGGGGAUGAAGUGCAAAUCGGACUCCCCCGAGUCCGCUGAUGCAGCAUCGUCUCUCGCCCUCGCGAUGCAAGCCACGUCGGCGACCCCAGAGACAUUUCCCCCGGUUCCCUACAAGAACGCGCAAGGGAAACUGGAAGCCUUGGUUGACGGGGCGGUUACGUCCUUUUUGAACAUGCUUCCUGGCGUUAGCGCCUGCCAAGAGAAAAUAAGAAAAAGUGAAAAGAAUCCCUUCUCAGAUGAGGAGAUCGCCCGCGGCAAAGGCAUCGUCUUUGACUUUGUUCUGUCCGUUGAGGCGGACAAACCCAAUGACGAAGGGACGCUGGCGCCCAGCGAGGAGGAUGGCGAGGACUCGAUGUUCGAGAACACUGGCGUCCCGCUGGAAAACAUAAACACCCUCAAGAUGAAGUUCCCGGAUCUCACCAUCCGCCAUGUUUUAGCACCCGAGGAAACGUACGAGCUCGCACAUGAUCUCAUGGAUCUGCGCAGCAUUCACGCGCUUCUCGAACAUGGACGUGUUGCCGGAUGGCAGGGUCAGACGUUUUCUAUCUCGCAAGAGGAGAAAACGGCCGAAGAGGCUUGA